CCGAACCAGCGGACAACCUCCCUCCCAACCCAAAACGACCAACGAAGCCAAAACCUUUUUUUUAAACAACUUAGAUAAAUAAUUAUAUUAAAAAAAAUACAAAAUUGCCUGUAAAUCACGAGAAGACCUGUGUAUAUUGUAAGCUGUUUUAGAUCGGGAAGGGAGGCAAUGGUGUCCAACGUUUAAACAACCUUACCUUCCUUUUUUUCAUUCGUAAUGAAGAAGUCUUCACACCGCACCAAAUCAAUGUCUUAAUCUCGUAAUUCCUUUCUUGCCUUUCGAAUUGGUUCCUUUUUCAAAUACCGAAGUUUUUUUGGCUUUUUGGAUCUGGAAAUUAAAGAUUCGCCUCAAAUUUUCGCUUUCGCUGGCUCGACAUUGUACACAUUUCGAAUUUUAGUUACAGUAAACCGUGCGGAUCUGAUCUGAUCCGGAAGUUCUGAAUCUGCUGUUUUGGCGAUCGACUCUUUGAUUCGUCAUUGCUGUCAAUAAGUAGCACAAAGGAUUUAAAUUUUCCUUUAUUUGUUCUCUGUGAAUUCAUUUAAUGCUUGAAGAUUGAAUUAAAAUUUGAGAGAGAAGUUAGCCUGUUACCUCUAAGGUUUUAAGAUGGAUCCUUUAGCUGCGGUCAGCGAAGAGCUAGCGGAGAUCGACGGACAAGUCGCCGACAUUUUUCGAGCUUUAUCAAAUGGAUUCCAGAAACUGGAGAAGAUUAAGGACGUUAAUAGGCAGAGUAGGCAAUUGGAAGAGCUUACUGACAAGAUGCGAGAGUGUAAGAGGCUCAUCAAAGAGUUUGAUAGGGAAGUGAAGGAAACAGAGCGUAGAACUGAUGCAAACACCCACAAAAUGCUAAACGAAAAGAAGCAGUCAAUGGUCAAGGAGUUGAAUUCAUAUGUUGCCCUUAAGAAGCAACAUCAAAGCAAUCUUGAGAACAACAAACGAGUUGAUCUCUUUGAUGGGCCUAGUGAAGGCUUUGGGGAAGAAAAUGUCUUGCUAGCUUCAUCUAUGACAAAUCAACAGCUAAUAGAUAGAGGAAACCAUAUGAUGAAUGAGACUGAUCAAGCCAUUGACAGGGCUAAGAAGGUCGUUCAAGAUACUGUUGAUGUUGGAACAGAAACUGCUGCAGCUCUCAAGGCUCAGACUGAACAAAUGAGCAGGAUAGUUAAUGAGCUGGAUUCUAUCCAUUUCUCAAUCAAGAAAGCAUCUAAACUGGUCAAAGAAAUUGGUAGGCAGGUUGCUACUGAUAAGUGCAUUAUGGCCUUGUUGUUUCUUAUUGUCAUUGGUGUCAUAGCCAUCAUAAUCGUGAAGCUGGUGAAUCCAAACAACAAGGACAUUCGAGAUAUUCCAGGUUUAGCACCACCUGCAAUGAACAGGCGGCUACUUUGGACUCCUAAUUGAAGAAUUUGAAUGAACCACCUGAUGAUAUUUCAGGACAAUUUGCAGCCACCAUGAAUUGAAGAGUCCCUACUACUUAUACCUCGGGGCCCGGUGGGCUACCCUUGUUGGAGAACUGGUAUGGUCCUGCAGUUGGAUUUUUAUGUUAGGAUAGUUCUGGUGCAUCCAUUAAGAGUUUUUCAGAGCUUCCCAUGUGCUAACCUGCCACUAGUUAUCUUUUCAUUGAAUAGCAUUAGCAUGAUGAGAUCUGUACGAUUCCGUUUUAUUGUUCCAGACUGAAGAUAUUUUGUCCCCAUAGACGAAAGGGAAUAUCAUGUACUUUGAGAGUGUAUUGGUUCCUAUCAUACUUUGUAUAAUAUAACACCUGCAUGAUUCUUUUUU